AGGUAUACUUGGGUGCCGCAGUUACCGCUUAUCCCCAAGAAACCCACAUUCCCCGAUCCUUUCUCUAUUUGCUUCCUUCCAAGUUCAGCUCAGGUUCUCAGGAGUUCAUGGCUACCACCAUUAAGUUAUCUGCCUCUGCCUUUCUGAUUCUCUUGUUAGCCAAUUCACUGGCUCUGAGUUCAACUACUAAGCCUAGGAUUUCAGCUUCUCCAGUAGUUUUACCAUACGCCGCCGCGCCAGAGGCCUCUUCGUUCUUCCCCAUUCCGACGGCAGAUCGACCUUUGAGCUCGACAGGCCAGGCAGAUUCAUCGGCGGUAUUGGCGCCAAGUUCCGGUGAAUUUCUCGGUAAGAAGAGUUCUGGUUCAACUAGGUUGGAUUCUGAAGCUGCCAUUGUUGGGCUCCUGCUCUGUAAUCUCUUGGUAACAAGCUUACUUGCGGCUUGAGGCUCUCCUUAUUUAGGGGAGGUUCUGGUUUCCACCUACUAAUUUCCCUUCAAUUUUAAUCCAUGUUUAGUGAGAUGCCUGCUUAAUUACGUGAUGAAACAGCUUGUCCCAUGUCCUAACCUUUGCAUCGGUAAUUUGAAUAAUAUCUCUUGCUAUG